AUGGGAGGACUGAAAGAUGAGGCGAAAAGGAUAACAAUUCCUCCCUUGUUCCCAAGAGUUAAUGUGAAUGAUAAUGGAAGGGGAGGCUUGUCUCAACCAUUUGAUGGCAAAUCAAUGUCUCUCCAUAAACGUUCUCCGACCAACAAGAUCUCUGAUUCUCCUUCCACUCUGUCUCUUCCUCCUCCAGCCAACAACGCCUGUCCUACUGAUCAACCUGAAAAGAAUCACUUCUCACCAAUCUGCAGUACUUCUCCAAUAUCAAAGCUUGAAGAGAAGCUGAAUACAAACGGCAUGAAUUAUCCAAGUCCCAGAGGAUCAUCAGUUACUAAUACUAAGCUUAGUUCAAUAAAACAAAAUGAGUACCAUUUCAAGAAGAGCCUUGCCAACUUGGAUUCUCUUAAGGCUCCUGUUGGUAGAUGCUCACAAAAAAACACAGAUUUGCCACUCCAGUUUUGUAAUAGCUGUAGCAAUAAAGGUGGAGGAGAAGCUGCUGGUUCCAAUGCUCCCCUGAACAAUCUUCUUAUUCCAGAACUCCUUUUGCCAAAAUGUUUUGAAGAUGAAAGCCAGAAUGAGUCUCCGCGUGAACAAGAUAUCUCAGACUGUUCUGCAAUAGACUCCUUGUUUGGUAAGAAUGCAUCUUCUAAUGAUGUUGCAGGAGUGAUUGGUGACAAGAGGUUCUGGAAGAUGAGAAUUUAUAUGAUCAAUCAGCAGAAGAUCUUUGCCGCUCAAGUCUUUGAGUUACAUAGACUGAUAAUGGUUCAAAAGAUGGUUUCAAAAUCAUCAAACUUGGUCCUCAAAAGUAAGCUUAAUAAUGGUACAAUGAGGCCUGUCCAUUCCCAUCUACCGGAAAUAGCUUCUUCAAAGGUUAAGAAACCAAUCACUGAGAAGCGCAAAAUUGUAACUCAAGAAUAUCCAGAGCAUAUGAAACUAAAGCUUCCUCUACCUUCCAUAAACAAAGACCUCAUGACCCCAAUUUGGACACAACAGCCACUUCCUCCUCCUGGAAACCAGUGGUUAGUUCCUGUAAUGUCUCCUUCAGAAGGUCUGGUCUAUAAACCAUACACAGGACUAUGUCCUCCUCCUUCUUCAGCUUUCAUGGUUCCAUUUUAUGGACAAGAUUCUCUCGACACAACAUUCAGGUUCCCUGUCUCUACUCAAUUUAACCACAGCUACUUCCCUUCCCCUAACGCGAGGACAACACUUGACCAGACAAACCCAUUUGGUCAGCUUCAAAGAUGGUCAAACACAUCAAGCCACAUGACUCAAGCGAUUCCAUUUUCCUUAAAGAAGUCUGAGGAAUCUAAUGACAGUGAUGUACAUGGAAGUACAGCUUCAAGUCCACCAGAGAAGCAUAAACUCGACGUGCUUCCCCUUUUCCCUACAGAGCCUACUCAUCACACUGAUGAGUACGAGAAGACACAGCAACUUGUGCGCCGUGCCAUUAAAGUCAUUCCUCAUAAUUCAACAUCUGCCUCCGAGUCUGCUGCAAGAAUCUUCCGUUCCAUUCAAGAAGAAAGGAGGGACUCAAAUCAUAUGAUUAGUUAG